AUGCAAUCGGCUGUGGGCGGCACCGGUCCGGGGCGCGUGGUGCCGGAGGCUGAAGGCGGCGGUCCGGGGCGGAGGGACGACUGCAGGGGCGGCGGCGGGCCGGCGCCCACGGAGUCCAGGGUGGACGGCAAGGGGUCAGGUCGCGUCAUGCCGAAGGCGGGCGGCCCAGGGCCCGGGCGACAGUGGCCACGCAGGGGCGCUGGGCUGCCUGGGCUGGUGGGGUCCAGCGCAGGCGGCGGCGGGCCUGGGCGGGUGGUGCCAGAGGCGGGCGGUGAGCUGCCAGUGCGGCAAGAGCUGCGGGGGGGCAGCGGGCUGCCAUAUGUGAUGUGGUCCAGCGCCGACGAGGCAGGCCCGAGGCGGCACAUGCCAAAGGUGGGCGUCAUCGGGCCCGUGCGCGCGAGGCUCCGCGCAGGCGGCGAAGAACCCGGGUGCACGUGGUCCAGCGCCGACAGGCACGUGCUGCCUGGCUGCGUGUAG